AUGCCGUCCUAUAGCCAGGAGCCUGAAGACGCUCAGCGUGCCGCGAAGGCCCGCGGAUCGCAUCUUCGUGUGCACUUUAAACAUUGCCGUGAAGUUACGCACGCCAUCAAGGGCAUGCCCCUGAACAAAGCUAAGAGCUUUCUUCAGGCUGUGCUCGAGUACAAGCAGGCUGUGCCUUUUACUAAGUUUACGGGUGGUUGCGGUCGUCAUGCUCAGGGAAAGCUUCGCGGUGCUGCAGGUGACAAGUGCAAGUGGCCGCAAAAAGCCACCAAGAUCAUUUUGGACCUGGUGAAAAAUGCCGAGGCCAACGCCGAGGUCAAGGGAUUAGACACGGACCUGCUGUACAUCUCUCAUGCCCAGGCCAAUACUGCAAUCAAGCAGCGUCGUCGUACCUACCGGGCUCACGGCCGCAUUGGCCCUUACAUGUCUAAUCCAGCCCACAUCGAGCUGAUUUUGACGGAAAAGCGCGCUAAUGUAGCCAAGGCCGUGGAAGAAACCAAACCUGUCAAGGUUUCCCGUAAACGUCAGGCCCAGCUUCGCCUCAAGUCCGGCGGUGGCAUUCCGGCCAACUAA